AUGGGGCUGCUGCCGGAGAGCAAGGCUCAGGGAACCGGUCCGGUGCUGGGAGCAUCAGAUGAGCACUCUGUCGACCCUGCGAGGGUGAUGGGGCCAGUUCAGGUCGCACCCAGGCCCAUGGAGCCCCUGUCUUCCCCGUCGGCGCACUACGCCGGGGACUCGCACUCGGCGAUGCGCACGACGGCGCUAACCACGCUCCCACUCGUCGCAACCAACCGCGCAGAGAGAGGGGAGAGAAAAUCCAAGUUUCACCCUAAAAUCUCGACCGUCUCUCGGCGGCCGCCGUCCGGUUCCGAGCUUAAGGACGCCGCCAGAUUUCCUUCAUCGUCGGCAACGAGGCGUUGGAGAAGAGGCACUCCACCACCGACAUCGAUGGCCGAUCCUCGUCGCUCACCGGAAAGUCUACUGUGUUUGUGGCCUUUAAUUGCAUUUAAGCCUCUUGAUAGUCUUAGGACGGGGGAGAUUGCACUCAAUGGUAGUCAGCGUAAAUGGGCUGCCGCCAAUCUCGGCGGACGAGUGACGGUUUCCAGAUAUCAGCCUCCAGCUGAUACUGCUAGCUUCAACCUGGUAUUCUUAGCGCUUGAUUUGACUACUAGCCUCACUAUACGAAAAGCGACCGAGCUUAAGGCGGAUGAGUUUGGACGAUAUCUCAAGAACCGCUAUUCAGGGCAGGUGAUUUCACCGGGUCAAAUAGUGUCAACUCGCUUCGAGAACAUCAAGUAUGCGUGUAGGGUGACUCUGUCUAUUGGGGCUGAUCACAUGAACCCACAAGGUUUCCUAUCUAGAGAUACUAACAUCGCCUUUGAGGCAGCUGCUGGUCGCAUUAAGAUUGUAAAUCAAGAUCCCAGACCUCCACCAAUCAUUAAGGAUACGAUUGAUUUGAAAAGAAUGGGUAUUGGUGGUCUGAGCCACCACAUUGGGAUUCGCAAUGUCAGAGGCAUGCUACUUUUUGGUCCUCCGGGGAAUGGGAAAACUAUGAUUGCUCGUAAGGUUGCAAAUUUGCUGAAUGCAAAAGUGCAGACUGUUAGUGGUCCAUCUCUUCUGGAUCCAUACUUCGGUACGACAGAAAGGAACGUACGAGAAUUGUUUGAACCUAUCAUAAAGGACCAGGUCAAGCUUGGAGAAAAAAGUCCAUUGCAUGUGAUAAUCUUUGACGAGUUCGAUGCGAUAGCGAUGAAACGAGGAAGGUCUAGUGGCUCUGGACACACUGACAUUAUGGUUAAUCAGUUGCUUACAAUGAUGGAUGGGCUGACCCCUCUGGACAAUCUUUUAGUCUUUGCAACCACUAACCGUAGGGAUCUUAUUGACGAAGCAUUUCUCAGGCCGGGUCGCCUGGAGAUUGAGAUUGAGAUUGGCCUUCCCGAUCUAGCUGCAAGACAAGAAAUCCUGGAGAUUCAUACUGCAAAGCUUCUGGAAAACCAUUAUCUUGAUGGUGAUGUAUCAAUUGAAAAUCUUGCUCAUCGUACCGACGGUUACAGUGGUGCGAUGCUCGAAGGGGUGGUGAAGUCUGCCGUGUCAGCAGCGCUGCAAAGGAAUAUUGCUCCCAAUCAUUUAGUCUGGACUGGCGAUUACAAUGCUUUCAAAGUUCUGGAAAGUGACUUUGUGGCAGCAGUGACUGAGGUUGCACGUGAACAUGGGAAUGAUUGAAGCUUGAUGGACUGAUAGUUCGUUUUUUUUUGCCUUGAUGUUGAGUUGUAGAACAUACUGCGGCAUUGGUUUGGACUCUUGAUUUGCAAAAGGUAAGCUCAUGGGCCCGUUUGGAUCUAUUAUGUUUAGGGAAUACAGUGAUUCUGCAGAGGGUUUUUUUGUUGUUGGUAUUGUCGAGACUUUAAGAUAGGAUCAACUGAGAAUAUGAUUUUGAACUGAUAGGGUGGAUUGAAUCACACGUGUGUUUUGUGUUGUUGGAAGCAAAAUUGUGUGGGAUGAGUUGGUAUUGAAAUGAAAACUGCACGAUGCCAUUAAGCUUGGCCCAAUCUGUCAUAUUUAGCAUCUUUGAUGGC